UCCUUCUCCAACUCUCAUCUCUGUGGAUUCACAGCUGCUCAGAGCAUCGUCUCCUCUGACAUCCUGACACUCCAGCCAACACAACAUAUGCAUGUUUUAAGAAGGCUGGGAUGGACAGUUUGAUCCUGUGGGCUGGUGACACUGAAGUCCUGGUGAGAUGUCCUUGAGUGGCAACGAGAGCCAGUCUUCUCCAUCAGCUCUGCCUCUGCCCUUUAACCGCUCCAUCACUCCACAUUCCCUACCAUGGGAAGAGGGAAGAAACACUCACGAGUCUGUGCAGGAGUGGUUGGGGAAUAAAACCCAGCUCCUCUCAGACCUCGCUGUUCUCGGGCAUGAUGAGCAGUGCCCUAUGUCUCCUGUCCUCACGGCAUGUGUAGUCGUGUGGUACAGCAUCACUAUGGUGCUGGGGCUGGUGGGGAACAUCGGCCUCAUCUGCAUCAUCGCCCAUCGUAGGGAAAAGGUCAAUGUCACUGGCAUUUUCAUCUGCAACCUGUCAUUCUCUGACAUCCUGGUGUGUGUCUUCUGUCUCCCCUUCACUGUCAUAUACACACUGAUGGACCAUUGGGUGUUUGGCUCGCUGUUGUGCCGGCUGGUGCCGUUCAUCCAGUGUGUGUCUGUGACCGUGUCUGUGUUGUCUCUGGUGUUCAUCGCUCUGGAAAGACAUCAGCUCAUCAUUAACCCCUCUGGGUGGAAACCAAGCAUCCCUCAGGCCUACAUAGUGGUUGUUCUCAUUUGGAUUCUGGCCUGCUUCAUUUCAUCCCCUUUCUUGGCCUUUCAGCUACUAACAAGCGAGCCCUAUACUAAUGUAAUGCCGCCACAGUCUCCACUCCAUCACCAAGCCUUUCCUUAUCUCAAUGCAUCUCCACCUCAACCUUACACAUACAGAAACUCAUCUGGGGCAAGUUCAUACCGCACCCUCUUUUCUUAUAUGCCCACCUCUCCACAUAUGGAGGCCUGUCUGGAGCACUGGCCUUCCCAGCACCACAGGCUUGCUUACACCACAUGGCUCCUGCUGUUCCAGUACUGUGGUCCACUGUUGUUGGUCCUGCUCUGUUAUGUUAGAGUUUUUGUGCGCCUUCGUCACCGCAAAGACAUGUUGAAUCGCGCCAGGACCCCAGAGAGUCAGCGCAUGACCCACAGCCGCCGAAUCAACAUCAUGCUGGUCGCCCUCAUAACAGCCUUUGCUCUUUGCUGGCUGCCGCUCACCAUCUUCAACGUAGUGUCAGACUGGAACCAGGAGGCUCUGCCCAUCUGCCACCACAACCUGCUGUUCUCCCUCUGCCACCUGCUGGCAAUGUCCUCCACCUGCAUCAACCCCAUCAUCUACGGCUUCCUCAACUCCAACUUUCGGCAAGAGGUGAGAGAGGUGCUCCUGCACUGCCGCUGCAGCCCGCUAGAGGAAGAGUGCGAGCGUUUCCCCAUGUCCACUGUGCACAUGGAAGUGUCCCGCUCCUCCGUGCCUCUCAACUGCAGGAGCAAUUCUGUCUUUGAUACUACAACCUGAAGGAUGCUGCUGAAGAAGGAUAGUCACACAAACUGUACAGUUUUAGGACUAACUGUUGUUUUUCUUACCUGUAAUGGCAGUAGAAAGGUUUUGAGUGGUUUUGAGUGCAACACUUUUGUCAGUGGUUUGAAGUUAAGUUUGUUGUACAAUGUUGGUUUAUCUUAUUAUGCAGUAGCAGUAAGGAGUGUGGUGAUGUAAAAAAAGAAUGUGUCAUUUCAAACUAAUCUGUUGCUGCGUCCCUAGAGGCGCGUCACACUAAUUGUUUAAAGUAUGUAAUAUAUACAAUUGAUUACAUUGCUUUUUUUGUAGCAUGUUUACAAGAAAAUCAAAACAUUUUACUUUUUUAUACUAACAGGAGCUGAUCAAACGUGGACGUCAAUUAAACUGUGACUUUAGAGAGCUACUGCCUCAUCACGAUCAUCUUUAAAACAUAAAAUGAGGGAAUAUCUUUGUUGUGGACCAACACACUAUUAAGAGAUAUGUUGGUUUUUCUAGUGUUGCUGUUGUAUUUCUUACAUUUCAUUACAUUUUUUGUAUAAAUGGCAUUUGUGCUGUGAAAUUGGUGCGUAAGCUUCCAAGGAGAAGAAAAACACAACGUGUAAUUUCAGUGACUAACGUGACUUAUGAGGUAAAAUGUAGCAAUUUAUAACAUUGUUAAUUAUACAUUUGGUUUAGAUGAGUUACAUACAUAUAAAAAUGAACUUUGAAUGUGUUUGCUCUUGGGUUUUAAUAGAUGUUAAUUGUGUACCAUUUUGGCACUAGAAAGGAUGCACUAAAUUCUCAGACAUCUUUCAUAACACUUCAGAGCUAUAUACAGAUUACAUACCAUCGUCUAUCUAUUUAAUCCAAAUACUUACUUAUGACUUUGCAUGUAUGUGUGAGAGUGUAGGCCAUGUAUACGUGCCUGAUUUAAUAAUUAAAUUUCUACCAUAUGCGGUACAUUUACUACCUCAAAUGCCUUAUUCUGUGUAUUAAAUACAACAUACAAUUUGUUUUCUUUGCUGCAUGGCAGAAAACACAAGACAAAAUAGAAUAUAUUAAUACUUUCUAAGAUUGGAUAAAGUUUGUCACCCAAAAUGAUUUAGCUAUACAACCUGUAAAGACUGUAAAAUGCUUAUUAAAUACUGUUUGACCUGUC